GGGGAUCUCUAAACUUCUCCAGGCCCCCAAAACCCCCUUAGACCCCAGAGGGUUAAUGAAUGAUGAAUGCAUAAUUUGCAAACCAGUUUUCAUGGAUAUUUAUUUUGUUGAAAGCAAAGUAAUAGUCAUUAGAAUACAUUAUUUCCUUCGUUAUAUUUACAUUGUUUAUUGUAUAAUGUAUAAUUCAGUAGUUGCUUUAGGUUAUGGGUUCCGCUUACAUUAAAACCUGCAUUGUGCAUGAUUUAAUCAUGCUUAUAUAAUGUAAAGGAGUGUAGCUGAAUACUCAAGCUUCAUGCUGCAUAUAAAACAAACCACACCUCUGUUAUCAGGUAUAUAAUGAUCUGGCACUGUCCAUCUUCCAUCUGACACCCUUCAGCUGGAUCAUGGCACUACAAAUCAUCUCUGUGGUUCUUUUCACUGUGUUUUUCUCUGAAGCUCUGACACUGAAAUGUUACAGCUGUAGCACACCAGUUCCACCUGAAACAUGCACAGAAACUGCAAACUGUAAUUCUCAGAGUACACAGUGCAGCUCCAUCACAUACAAUGGCACUGUUGUUAAGAGUUGCAGUGCCUCGUGUGGUAUUUUGAGUGUAAAUGUUGAACAGUUCCUAAUGACCUCCCGGUGUUGUAAUUCAGAUCUCUGCAACAUUACUACAGACUUAUCUAACGGAAUGAAGUGUUACACCUGCAGUGCCACAAACUGCUUAAACACUCUGGCUUGUAAAGGUGAUGAGAGUCAGUGCAUCACUGCAACAGCUGAACUUGUUGGCACCAACACCACUUUGAAAGGAUGUGCAAGCAAAUCUGUCUGUGAUAACAGUGCACUAUUACAACAACAGAUGCCAAAUAUCAGGAAUGUUUCAUGUUGUGUUGGACACCUAUGUAACAAUGGCCAGAGUCUGACACAGGGAGCUCUGCUGCUGCUGGUAGCAAUACUUCCCCUCCUUUUUUCUUUCUGAGAGCUAUUUUAGGAGGUUUUGUUAUGGUUCUAUUAGUAUGUGAAAGCUCUUUUUGUUGUUUUUAAUAUAAAGCAGUUUUGAAGCAUUUUCUAAUAUAAAGUGUGCUUUUUCUAGUUUUUCUAAUCAUGAAUCUAAUCGUGUAAAAUAAAAAUGAAAUGACCUUAUUAGCAGUCUAAUUAAACUUUUCUAUGACCAAAAUCCUUUGCUAUGUUCUUGUUAUGUGCUAAAAGAUUAGAAAGCGAGAAGAAUAACAUUGAUUAAUAAUUUCGUAUUGACCAAAGUUGAAUUAGAGCACACUUUCACAGUCACAUAAGCCCGUACACUUUAGGUUAUCUUACAUAUUUAUAUAGUAGUAGUAGUUAUAUAUUUUAUACAAAUGGAAUGCAUUUUGUGGACAGAGCAAGUGAUUAUAUUAAAUUAGUUUUGUGAUUGUUCAUAAGAUCGUGAAAUGAUAAACAUAACUUUCAAGCGGUAAUACAUUGUUGAUAUCAUAAAGAAGUUGAGUGUUGAAGCCCCUUCAUAAUAUAUAAUAUAAUAUAACUAUUGAGAAGGAAUUGGAUAUACCACUGAUAGCACCAUUUUUUUUUUCAAAAGGUUUACUAUGAAUAUGUGUAAAUGUGUUUUUCAUUUGUCUAAAGUACUGUAUAUAUUGAAUACAAAUUUAGAUGCAUUUAAAUACCACCAAAAACAUUCAUCUACAUUAUACCAUAUGUUUCUCAAGCUGUUCUGUAAUUCUGCAGAUGCUUCUGAAUUAAAAUUGUCUGGUGGACAGUUUCUCUGGAGUGUAGUCAAACACUUUCCUGUGUCUAACCCUUGUCAUACAGCUUUUUAUUCUCUAGAAAUGUGUUAACAAUGUGACAAAUUGUUCACACCAACAACUUCAACUUAAAUUUAACUCUAGAUUUAGGAUUUAUGACCAAGUUUGGUAUUGUCAACAAAGCUUCUGUAGAUUACAAUAGUUUUAGUAAAGUUCAAAAUUAAAGUUUGCUCUGAAAAACCUCACUCACCAUGAAAGAAAUAUGUCAUUUUGUUUUUAAUAAAUUACUGUUUGCAAUGAAAA